AUGGGUUGCGGAAUGAGCACAGAGGAGAAGGAGGGCAAGGCCCGCAACGAGGAGAUUGAGAACCAGCUGAAGCGGGACAAGAUGAUGCAGCGGAACGAGAUCAAGAUGCUUCUUCUGGGUGCUGGUGAAUCCGGAAAGUCAACCAUCUUGAAGCAGAUGAAGCUGAUUCACGAGGGCGGCUACUCGCGCGACGAGCGCGAAUCCUUCAAGGAGAUCAUCUUCAGCAACACCGUCCAGUCGAUGCGUGUCAUUCUCGAGGCCAUGGAGUCUCUCGAAUUACCGCUGGAAGACCAACGGAUGGAGUACCAUGUCCAGACUAUCUUCAUGCAACCCGCCCAGAUCGAAGGCGAUGUCCUACCUCCCGAGGUCGGCAAUGCCAUCGAGGCUCUGUGGAAAGACCGCGGUGUCCAGGAGUGUUUCAAGCGAUCGCGCGAAUACCAAUUGAAUGACUCAGCCCGAUACUACUUUGACAACAUUGCCCGCAUCGCCGCUCCUGACUAUAUGCCCAACGACCAAGACGUCCUCCGCUCUCGUGUCAAGACUACUGGUAUCACCGAAACGACCUUCAUCAUCGGAGACCUCACCUACAGGAUGUUCGACGUUGGUGGUCAACGAUCGGAGAGAAAGAAGUGGAUCCACUGCUUCGAGAAUGUCACCACCAUUCUGUUCCUGGUUGCCAUUUCCGAGUACGAUCAGCUGCUGUUCGAAGAUGAGACAGUGAACCGUAUGCAAGAAGCAUUGACCCUGUUCGACUCCAUCUGCAACUCAAGAUGGUUCAUCAAGACCUCGAUCAUCCUCUUCUUGAACAAGAUCGAUCGGUUCAAGGAGAAGCUGCCCGUCAGCCCAAUGAAGAACUACUUCCCCGACUACGAGGGUGGUGAUGACUAUGCGGCCGCUUGCGACUACAUCCUCAACAGAUUCGUCAGCCUGAAUCAACACGAGACAAAGCAGAUCUACACACAUUUCACUUGCGCAACCGACACAACACAGAUCCGCUUCGUGAUGGCUGCGGUUAACGAUAUCAUCAUCCAAGAGAACCUCCGUCUAUGCGGCCUUAUCUGA